AUGAGGCCGGUGUUCUGCGGCAACUUCGACUACGAGACGCGGCAAUCGGACCUGGAGCGCCUCUUCUCAAAGUACGGACCCAUCCGCCGCAUCGACAUGAAAUCCGGCUACGCCUUUGUCUACUUCCAAGACGAGCGCGAUGCGGAGGAUGCUAUAAGGCGCCUUAGCAACGCCGAGUUUGGCCAUACCAGCCGCAGGCUCUCCGUCGAAUGGUCAAGGCAAGAGGAGCCGGUGCCCAAGAACCGCGACAGGCCUACAGGGGCUGAUGCAAAGCCCACCAGGACGCUCUUUGUUAUCAACUUUGACCCCAUCCGCACCAAAGUCGUUGAUAUCGAGAGGCAUUUUGAGCCCUACGGCAAGAUUGCAAACAUUCGUAUCCGCAAGAACUUUGCUUUCGUGCAGUACGAGGCGCAGGAGCACGCCAGCGUAGCCGUCAACAAGACCGACAAGAGCACGAUAUUGGACAGGGUAGUGACGGUUGAAUACGCCUUCCGGGAUGAUGACAAUGAAAGAGAUGACAGACAUGGCAGUCCCAGGCGAGGCGGUGACAGAUACGGCAGCCCGAGACGAGGGGGUGACAGAUAUGGCAGUCCCAGACGAGGCGGUGACAGAUAUGGCAGUCCAAAAAGAGCUGACCAGGGCAGGCGUCCCUACGUGCGCUCCCCUAGCCCUAGGUACCGAAGUCCAGAUUACGAUCGCCGUCCACGUAAUUCUGGGUAUGAUCGCCGCGAUGGAGCACCCUAUGGUAGGAGCCGAAGCCCUGUGUAUGAUCAUUAUGAAAGAGGGUGGAUUGAUUUCGAAGGAUCACAAAGGAAGGAAUCCCAGGGAGGAAGGAGGGUGCAUACGCUCAGACCCUUUUUGUCCGUGUGCUAG